GCUUUCCAAAGUUAUUACCUAAGACAGUUAGCUCUGCUCGAUGGAGAUCUAGCUUCACAUGGCAUUUGCACUACAUUUUAGCAUUUCACACUCUCUCAAGAUGCGAUGAGUAAAACUUUAGAGCUACGGCUUCGUAGAAAUGAAGACCCAGCAAGCGACGGAAAUAUUCCCGGGAUGGAUCAAGAAAAGGUGCAUCCGCUGGAGAGUAGGGUCGAGCUUGUAGCUUCGACUGGGGAUAUAACCCUACAAAAUCGCACCCGCUCAUCACUGUCAUCGUCACAGUCACCAUCGCCUUCACCUUCCAACGAGAGAAACAAUGGCCUCCACGGUUACUUCGAAAACGCGCAGUGGACAGCAGACGGCACCACCCUCCUCACAUCUUCCUCCACCAACCUAAUCUCCGGGUACAUCGUGCCCGAAGACCUCCUCUCCCCCAACGCCAACCACCCCCUCCCUUUAAACCCCCAAGCCUACAUCCAACUCUCCGAACCCAGCGCCGUCCUCUCCAGCGCGCCCUACUUCCACCUCUCCUCGCCAUGGACCCAGCAAAUCCUCGUCUCCUCACGCGACCACCCCCUCCAGCUCUUCUACCUAACCCCCACCCCCACCCCCACCCCCACCACAACACCCACGCACUGCCCGCCCUCCGCAUCCUACCCCCUAACCAAACACCGCUCCGAAACCUUCCUAACCGCAACCUCCCUAAUCUGGCCCGCGCCCGGAACGCACUUCAUAGCCGGAACCCGGUCCCUGCUAGCGAAAUACGACCUUUCCCGGCCCAACAGCGAGCCCAUUCUGCGCGUGAAAACCAUCCCCUCAGAGCGGCACCUCUCGAAAGGCAACGGCGUCGGCAUGCGCGGCGUAGUCUCCAGUCUUUCCGCGCAACCCGCCGACGCCUCCAACGCGAGCCUAGUCGCGGCCGGGACCUGGACGCGGUGGAUCGGACUGUACGAUUUCGCCGGCGCCGACGGGUCCUGCGCCGCGACGUGGAGUAUCUCCCGCGCCGGAACCGACGAGGCGAAAGUCGGGGGCGAUGGUGUCACGCAGACGCUUUGGAGUCCGUGUGGACGGUACCUGCUUGUUUCCGAGCGCAAGUCUACCGGGAUUCUUGUCUACGAUGUCCGUGUUACGGGAAAGUUGCUAGGAUGGCUGGCGGGGCGGGAGGCUAGUGGGAAUCAGCGGAUGACGGCGGAUGUGUUCCCGGGACGCGAGCGGAGCGGCGGGUUUGAGGUUUGGUCUGGGACGACGGAGGGGAUGGUUAGGGUUUGGGAAGGAGUUGGGGGACGCGAGGGCGCGCAUGAGCCGGGUUGGGGGUGGGAGGCGGCAGCGGGGCGGUCGACGGUGGGGAGUGCGUGUGUGCAUCAGAGUGGUGCUGUUGUGGCGACAUGUUCUGGAUCUUGGGAGUUUCCCGAUGAUGAUGAUGAAGAUGGGGAGUUUUCGCAAAGCGAGAGUAGUAGUGCUGAUAGCGACAGCGAUGUUUCCAGGACCGAGGCGCUGUGGAUGCGGAGACGGAACAAGGAGAGUAGCUUGAAGAUAUGGAGUAUAUUGAACAGCGGGGAAGACGAGGACGAUGAACCCCGGAGACCGGAAUCAGAUGAGGUUGAGCAAUAAUACCCAUUACUGAAUGUUGGUGGCUUCACGAAUUGGCCCAAUCACAAAUAUCCAUCGGUCGAAUCUCUCUAGAAGCUGUGGAGGUCUUCUUACUCGACUCUUGGAUUAUCGCAUUAUGGUGAGCUAUUGAUCUAUGAAGCUAUCUAAAGCAGC